AUGGCCUCUGCAGCUGUUCACGUCUCGGGGGGUCUUCCCUCGGCGCUGGUCGAGAAGGCGUCAGGUCAUGUCGCCGACAAGCCCCAUCAUGUCCAAACCACAUUAAAUUUCUUGAAGGAGAAUGAAGAUGGAUCUCCACCAUCUCCGAGCUAUGUCGGAAGACCCGAAACUUAUGAUAAACCCACAGUGGCUGUUCCGGCGACCAUUCACGAUAUUAGUGGUCAUGAACUAGAUUAUUCCCUGGACAGCCAUGGAUUUCAGCUAUAUUACCAUGAAAGCAAAGAAACCGAUUUUCUGGACGAUGAAAAGAUCAUACGAGAAUAUUAUCCUGAAAUAGAGAAGCUGCUGAAGGACGCUACUGGUGCAUCAAAGGUCUUUAUUUUCGAUCAUACCAUCCGCCGUCAAUCAGGAGAUAGUAGGUCUGCGGCAAGUCAGUUGCGCGGACCAGUUCAGCGUGUACAUGUCGAUCAAUCAUAUGAAGCAGCAAAGAACCGCGUUACUCACCACCUCCCGGACGAAGCACAUGAACUUCUUAAAGGCAGAUACCAAAUUAUUAAUGUCUGGCGACCGAUUCGCAAAAUACUUAAGGACCCUCUUGCAGUGGCCGAUGGAAACACUGUCCCAGACAGUGAUCUCAUUCCAGUUAAGCUUAUCUACCCUGACAGAGAGGGCGAGACGUAUGCGGUGCGGGCGGAUCCGAAUAUCAAGUGGUACUACCGUUACGGCCAAACACCGGAUUUGGUUACCCUCAUCAAAUGCUUUGAUUCCAAAACAGAUGGGAGGCCUCGGCGUGUGCCGCACUCGGCCUUCGUCAACCCUGAGACUGUUAAUGAACCCGCUAGGGAGAGUAUCGAGGUUCGAACGUUGAUCUUCCAUCCAGACGACCGUGAUUAA